CUUCAGAAGUUUUCCAUUUCAUGAGAAUGGUAGAAUGCGUGGAGUUACCUUCUCGUUGGUGAUCAAAGUUACACCCAGGAAUUAACGGUAUUAACCCUAAUAGUCCUCAAUCCUUCAAUUUCAAUAUGAUGCUACAUACACCUUAGAGGGUUAGGAUUAUUAAGUCUACCAUGGAGGAAGGAAAAGACAAUGAUGAUUGUCUUUCAUUCAUAGCAAACAGCAGUGCGAUAAUCAUGCAGCUAAUUUGCAUCGCUUCACCGUGCUGUAUUAUAUCAGUAUUUCAGCAAUAGAGGCAUUCACAUUUUUCAGGGUUUCAGAAGAUGGUGCUAUCAUUGCCACGUAUAGAGCCUGCAGUUGGCGAAUGUUUGGAGUACUACCAUCGGGGAGUCUGUGUGCCUAAAGGGGUGCCAAGGCAGGUCUUUGAGGAGCUGGAAUCAUUUCAAGUUCGACAGGACGACAUUUACCUGAUUACCUACCCCAAGGCUGGUACAACAUGGAUGCAACAAAUCAUCAGUUUGAUAAUGGACGGUUUGGAGGCCGAACUACAUAAGAAGGUGCACGUCUUUUUCCGAUUUCCCUUUCUGGAGAACACGUGGAUAAGUCAUUACUCACAGGUCGGUUUGAUCCCACCGACGCACUCGCUCUUGCCCAAGAUGCCAUGCGACACACCCAGAAAGAUCAAGACGCAUCUAGCACCCAUUUUUCUUCCCAGACAGAUUUUUGAGAAAAAACCGAAGGUGGUGUAUGUAGCUCGCAACCCAAAAGAUGUGGCAGUCUCCUAUUACCACAUGCACCAGUUUGACACGACCUUACAGACAUACCCCAGCUGGGAGAAAUUCUUUGAAAGAUUUAUCAAUAAGGAUGUUUGUGGUGGGGAUUGGUUCGAGCACAACUUGUUUUGGUGGAAAAAGCGGCACGAUUCAAACGUUCUGUUCAUCAAAUACGAAGACAUGAAAAAGGAUCUGAAGAGUGCUGUACAACUGACUGCCGAUUUCUUAGAGCGACCCGUGACGCAAAAAGACAUACAGAAAAUUGUAGAGAAGUGCAGUUUUCAAAACAUGAAAAAGGACCCUACAGCCAAUCCAGACAUGGUAUUGGAGUUUGGAAGUGACUGCGAGGUAUUGAACCAGCCACCGAAGGAAAAGAUGGUAUCAUUCAUGCGCAAAGGGCAAGUUGGCGACUGGAAAAAGUACUUCUCUGUGGCUCAGAACGAACUGUUUGAUGAACUUUAUCAGAAAGAAGUCAUGGGAUCAGAGUUGUCCUUUGAUUUUCAGUAAAUGUAAGCGGCGCAGUAUUGUUACAUUAUCCCCUGCUUCAGAAGGGAUGUGUCCUCACAUCUGUUUUUCUUUUAAACCUUUAAAAACUUCACUGUUGCCAUAACUGCAUUUUCUUACAACUUCAGAAACCUUAAGCGAAUACCUUAAUUUUAGUAACAACAUGAAAACUUUCCACUUAUCAAGGGUACGGUUAUACAAAGAAACCUUCUGAAUUUAAGGAAAACCCUGGAAAAACCACUUCUAGAAUCAUCUGUUGUUUUCUUUAAAACGAACAGGAUUGACACUCUUUGUAACGAAAAUUGUCUCUUACUUCAUUAGCUCUAUCAAGCAAAACUUAUUCAUUAGAAGUGAUAAAUCAGUUAUCUUAGAAAAUGUUCUCUUUUCAAGACUAAAGAGUCUCAGAAAUCGCGUGAUUUGAUCGUUCUACUAACUGCCACGCAUCAUCUGAUCGAACUCCCGUGGCUUUUCCUAACUUUUCCCCACCUAACUAUUGAGAGGGGUGUCAAUCUUGGUAUGGCCCUGGCAGUGACUGAAACGGGGGGUCCAUAUCCAUUCCCAUAUGUUUGUGCACAAAACACUGCUAUUUUAUGAUGAUACACGCAAUACCUAUUCCCCCCUAAAAUACUCCUUCUCCCUUUGGAAAAUGUAUCAAGCCAAUGUCAGGGAUGCUUGCCAAUGUGUCUGGAAGCUUGUGGUUGGCGCCAGCACUGUAAACAGAUAAUGUGUUGACCUGGAGUCCUGGAUAAGCCCUUGUGAUUGACAGGGCAGAGCCUGGGUCUGGGGAGGCUGGCCACGUGGAAUUAUUUACACUGUCUAGGCCCAGCUGUUGUGCUAUAAAGGCCCAGGAUGAGUGAGUCACGGUGAUUCAAGUAUGCAUAGCGGGAAUUUCCCGUAUAUUUUCGGUAUCGCCCAUGUAUUUCCGUAUUGUUGAAUUCAGCGCCCCCCAGUGCAGGCCGCGCCCCCCACUGCAGGCCGCGCCCCCAAAAAGGACACUUCCCCCACAAAACACACUGAGAAGUCUUUCUAGGAAAGCCUCUUUCUGAUAUAUUUUGAAAGAAACAGAAAAAAACAUUGAAUAGGGAUCGUUUUACAAAUCUGAGACAAUUUUGGCACAACGUCCUGCAUUAGUGUCAACAAUUGACGUAGGUUGCCUCCUCGGGAUCACCCCACUGCAGACCACGCCCCAAAAAGGACACUUCCCCCACAAAACAUACUGGGAAGUCUUCUUAGGAAGGUUUCCAUCUGAUUUAUGCUGAAGAAAACUGAAAAAAGACAUUGAAUAGGGAUCGUUUUAUCCACAAAAUAAAUCUUGGACAAUUUUAACACACGGUACUGCAUUGGCCGUUGUAUUGGACAAGGUGCUUCGUCCUAGGGUUAAAAUAACGAACUGUGGCUUAACAAAAAUGCUCCUCUACGAUGGAAUUAGUACUGUCUUUUCACGCACGAUGCAGGCUACUACCUCUUUGCCAUCCAUGAGCUCUUUGGUGAUCCGCUCCAUUGACUGAACUCCAAUGCACCAUCGGUCUGUGAUGAUGCGUCCCAAUGUGUUGGCAGUGAUGAAUUCUCUCCUACUCUUGAAGACGUCCGCACAUAAAUGGUGGUCUUUGUCAGGGCAAGGCUUCGUAGGGUUAGGGAUGCUUGUGUGUACAGGUUCUGCGUAGACGCUCAAGACAUCUAUGUCUCUUCCUAGUGUCCUGGGUACCGAGGGAGAUCGUUGUGGGCUGCGAUCCUUUUCACGGUGAUUUAUCCCCAAUGUCUAUCUAGAUCGUGAUUGCGUGUGAAGGUCUUAUCGCAGUAUGGGCACCUUAACUUCUUUCUCUGCACGUGAUGUUUGUCCACAUGCCUCCGGUACGCUGACAAAGACUUAAAUCCAGUGUUGCACUCUACGCACCAGUUCUUUUUGAGGGGAGCGGCUUCAGUCACGAUCCAUGAUCAACCUGCACAGAUUAGGAAGAAACACACACAAAGACGGUGCUAAAGUGAUCAUUCCCUAUAUCUGUCGGGGUUGCGUUUUCGUCCCUUUGGCCUUGGUUCGUCAAUGUCUAGGUUAGAAGUCGCCAAGGCUUCAGAUGUUUCUUGCGUCUUUUCGUCAGAAUGUUCGUAGGCAAGGGUUCGUGUUCCAUGGUGCCUGCUCCUCCAUUGUGGAUCAUUCCCUCAUCCCCAACAUUGUCCAGUUCUGAUGGUACUUGUUCAGUGUUACUAUGAUCUGACUGACUGUCCCUGUCCAGUCAUGACCAAAUUUACGUGUACCACUCUAGGCUUAUGUCUGCUACUUUUCUGAAUCCUGGCCACUACGUCACUUAUCGUCUUGAUUAGAUAAGGGCCGUUCCAUUUUGGCUGUUGCUUCGGAGAAAGUCCCACUUCUCUGCUGACAACACGAACCAUCACUGCGUCGCCAUUGCGGUACAGCUCUGGGUGUGCUUUGAGGUUGUAAUGGCGGCGUUGUUAGAGAGCUGAUCUUUUCAAGUGUUUUCUUGCAGUGUCAUGGGAGUGCUCCAUUUUAUGUCUCAGUUCGUUGGCAUAGGCCAGGGUCUCUUAUGCCUCUUCCUGCUGAAAACCACAGAUGAGGUCAAUUGGAAGAUCGGUCUCUCAACCAAGCACCAUCCUGUUUGGACUUUGUCCAGUGCUCUCGUGAGGUCAGGCCCUAUAUGCCAUAAUCACCGUAGAAAAAUAUCUAUCGCAAUCCUUUUGAUUUGCCGCUGUGUAUGUUCCCAGUAUUGUCUACAUAGUUCUAUUCAACCUGUCAACUUGCCCGUCACUCUCCAGUUGGUAGGGCGUGGUCUUUGUCUUGUCUAUGCCCAAUAAGCUACAUAUCCAACGAAAAAGAUUACUCUCAAAUUGUCGACCUUGGUCACUGCGGAGCUGAUGAGAAGCACCAAAUCUACAUACAAAGUCAUCAACGAACACUCGGGCGAUGGUCUCUGCAUCGAUAGAAGGAAUGGCAUAGGCUUCAGACCACUUUUUGAAGUAGUCCGAAACUACUAGCACAUAUCGGUUACGGCGUUGGGUCUCUGGGAAAGGUCCUGUAAUAUCUGUGCCGACUCUCUUCAUCGGUAAGCCCGAGAUUUGCUUUUGGAGCUUCGCCCUUGCGUGACAGUUUGGCAUCUCCUGUUGGGCGCAUGCCAAACACCGUCGACACCAGUCUGCUACAGUCUCCCGCAUCUUAUACCAAUAAAAGCGACCAUUCAGCUUUUCAAACGUCUUAACCCCAAGAUGUCCUCCAGUUGGGCUGUUGUGUAAACUUGUCCGGAUCUCCCCUUGCAACUCUGAUGGGACAAAAAAUGACAGUAUCGCCCGUGUUAUCCUCCAAUCUCUUGUGUAGAACACUGUUCCUCAUGCAUGACUAGUCCCAGAUCCCCAGAGAGUCUUUCACCAAGCGCCUUGUACAGAAAUAUCGCGCCAAGUAGGUCUGUCUUUUCCAGAUUCCAACCAUCCAAUAACUUUACCUAGCGUCUCGUCUGCUAGCUACUUCCCUCUCAGCUCAGCUUUCUUGAAACUCUGUGGCCAGUUGGUCUCGACUUUCUGUGCUACACGACACAUUCCAUCUUGGUAAGGUUCCUGGAUUGAUAAGUCAUUCUUGGGUUUGCCAGCAAAAACCGUUCAUCUCUCCUACAAUAGGACAUGCCGGUGCAAUAUCUGGUGGGGACUUUCUUUCUGAAUCUGAUGGUUCUGGGCGAGUGCACGACUUGCACGGUCUUCUUGACAUAGCGUCUGCGUUUCUAUGAUGCCUGCCCGGUUUUUGCUGAAUUUCAACCCCAUAUUCAGCUAGGACCAUAGACCAGACCAGACCGUAGUAUAUGGAAAAUGCUGUCUUGGGCUUAUGUUCUUCCGCCAUGGGCACCUGCCAGUACCCAGAUGCAAGGUCAAAGAUACUGGAGUAAGUAGAUCCAGCUAGAGCGUCGAUUGUGUCAUCGAUGCGGGAAUGGGAUAUGCGUCCUUCUGGGUGAUUGCAUUAAGUCACCUGUAAUCCACGCAGAAUCUGACACUUCUAUCCUUUUUACGGACCAGGACAACGGGUGAGGCCCAAGGUCCAGAUGCUGGCUUGAUGACACCUCUUCUAAGCAUUGAAGCAAUUCCCGCUUCGGCUACAGCUCUCUGAUGAAUAGGAAGUCGUCGCACAGGCUGUCUGAUGAGUGCAAUGUUACCUGUUUCUAUCUGGUGCCUCGUCAGAUCUGUUCGGCCCAGAUUUGUUCAUCUCCCAUUGUUGGUUCUUCUCUACAAUAGGACAUGCCGGUGCAAUAUCUGGUGGGGACGUUCUUUCUGAAUCUGAUGGUUCUGGGCGAGUGCACGGCUUGCACGGUCUUCUUGACAUAGCGUCUGCGUUUCUAUGACGCCUGCCCAGAUUAUGCUGAAUUUUAACCCCAUAUUCAGCUAGGAGUUGGAUCCACUUUGCAGCCUGACCCAAUCGUUCCUUGAAUCCAAAGAGCCAUCUCAAUGCCCCAUGGCCUGUUCGGAUAAGAAACUUUCGUCCAUAUAGGUAAUGGCGGUAAUACUCCACAAAGUACACAACCGCAAGUAGCUCUUCCUUGUGACACAGUAGUUACGCUCACUUUUUGUCAAGGCUCGACUGGAAUAGGCAAUCGCCAAGUCUACAUACAAAGUCAUCAACGAACACUCGGGCGAUGGUCUCUGCAUCGUCUUGCUUUCGGGACAACACAGCCCCUAUGCCACAGUCACUAGCGUCUGUGUCAAGUGUAAAUGUCAGUGGCUGUAGGGUAUGCCAAGAUGGGGGAGGAAACCAACCUUCUCUUCAAGCUGUCAAAAGCGGUUUGACAUUCCUCUGUCCAAUGGUGAUGCCUCUGUCAGGCGGUGAAGAGGUCGGGCCAGCUCAGCAAAGCUCGGUACAAAUCUCCUGUAACAGGAGGCGAGGCGUAGGAACCCUCGCACCUCACGAACAUUGGUGGGAACCGGCCAGUUUUCAACCCGCUGAAUCUUGUCAGGAUCUGUUUUCACACCGUCUGACGACACAACAUGUUUAAGGAAGGCAACUUCCUCUUGGAAAAGGUGGCAUUUCUUGGGUUGCAGUUUCAACCAAGCAACCUUUAUCCUGGAGAAGCCGUAGGCGUUGCAGAUGCGCCUCGUAUGUUCGACUAUACACUAUGAUGUCAUCUAGGUAUACUAGGCAAGUCUGCUAUUGCAGCCCAGUGGGCACCUUCCCCAUAAGGCGUUCGAAAGUCGAGGGCGCAUUACAUAAGCCAAAUGGCAUCACCUCGAACUGGAACAGACCAUAGUAUAUGGAAAAUGCUGUCUGGGGCUUAUGUUCUGCCGCCAUGGGCACCUGCCAGUACCCAGAUGCAAGGUCAAAGAUACUGGAGUAAGUAGAUCCAGCUAGAGCGUCGAUUGUGUCAUCGAUGCGGGAAUGGGAUAUGCGUCCUUCUGGGUGAUUGCAUUAAGUCACUUGUAAUCCACGCAGAAUCUGACACUUCCAUCCUUUUUACGGACCAGGACAACGGGUGAGGCCCAAGGUCCAGACGCUGGCUAGAUGACACCUCUUCUAAGCAUUGAAGCAAUUCCCGCUUCGGCUACAGCUCUCUGAUGAAUAGGAAGUCGUCGCACAGGCUGUCUGAUGAGUGCAAUGUUACCUGUUUCUAUCUGGUGCCUCGUCAGAUCUGUUCGGCCCAAGUCUCCUUCCUUUGAGGCAAACUGUGCCUGGUACUCAAUCAAUAGUUCAUUUAACUGAUCAGUCUCCUUCCUGUGAAGAUACUCUGGACUCGUCAUGUACAAUUCUAAAAUAUAGUGUGGGAUUUCACCCAUCUUUUCCUGCCUCUCCCUUGGAUGGCUCACGCGAUUAAUUCUUUCCUGUGGUUUUUCUAGAUCGGACUGCGACAAGUCAAUUCUAGGCCCAACUGCGUCUAUUAUCAGGAAUGUCCCGGCUGUAGUUCCCUUAUACAAGGUCACUGAACUCUCAGUGGGCUUUAUAACGAUCUCAAAGGGAGCGUUUUGUAAGCUAUACUUACUAUGGUGGGGGCAAGCAUCGGGUUGUUUUUCUUCACCAAGGUAUCACUCGGUCCUAUUAUCCUGUACGGUACAGGGUCUUCCAAGUUCCUUGCUACAACCAUCUCAGUGUGGGGGGCAAUGACAACUGUAUCCACAACAAUCACACGACAGCACUUCUGCCGGCUUUCCACUGGGCAGCUCCAGUUCCCCCCCCCCCAGUCCAGACUUCGAUUUGUAACGCCAAUCAGGCAAUCCUGCAUGGUUCGCAGAAAAUCCAAACCUAGUAACAUAUCGUUAGUAAUGUUGGCCACUCUAAAUCUGUGCCGAAUUUGCCGACACCAAGCUGAAGUGUUGCAUCCACCUCCCCUAGCAAGACCAAGGUCUGCUAGUUGCACCUUCGUGUUCGUGCUUGUUGAAUUCUGCCGGGCUUCCUCAGGUAACUUUGUGAAGACUUUCUUCGAUAGAAUUGAUAACGUGGCACCAGUAUCCACAAGAGCAACUACCUCAACCCCGUUGACUUGGGCGUCAACAUGUAACCUUGCAGCAGCAACAUUCCCAGGUAAUUUUGUGUUGGUCCCCUCUGUCUUUGCUGGGUCUUGGCCUUCAGACGCAGCACGUCGCAGUUUCCCGGAUUUUCCUUUGAUUCGAUCGGCUUUGAACUGGUGUCACCAGUCGAUGACACAUCGGCUUUUUUCAGUUUUGGGCACUGCUGUUUCAUGUGGCCAUACUUCUGGCAUUCAUAACACUUGGGUCCGCGUGUGUUCUUCUGAUUCGAACCCUUCCGGCUAGUCCCACGUGUCUGGAUCUUUUUCUUCAUCAUCUCUAGUUGUUCAGCUAUUUCUUUAAGCUGACUCUGUAUAUCUGUUCCCUGCUCUGUUUCUAUCGCAGGGUCUUCGGUGUUGGCGCGAAUUGAACAUUAUGCACUUUCUUGAGAUCGGCGAGCCGGCGUUCUUUUUCCACUCUUAGCAAUACCCUUGGAGCGGCUGGUUGAUCUCCAUUCUGCACUGCAGUCCCUGCAGCGGUCGGUUGGCGUCCAACCGGCGCAGCUACCCUUGGAGCGGCCCGCUGAUUUCCAUUCGGUACUGCAGUCCCUGGCGUAGCCGAUUCGCGUGCAACCGAUGCAGCUACCCUGUAGGAGCGGCCCGUUGGUCUCCAUUCUGCACUGCAAUGCUGGAGCAGCUUUUGGCAAAGUAGCUGCUGAGAGUUUGUGAAAGGCGUUCUAUUUCCCUGCUCAGCCUCAAAUAUUCCUCUUUUAAUUUCUUGUUCAGCUGAACAAUUGACAACUGACAGCAGUUGGUUUUCUCACAAUAGCCUCUGUAGGCCUACUCGCUCUCAGCCGUGGCAGUGAUUUUGUUGCUCGGUGUCCAACGAAAUAAUGGUUGGGAAAAUAUCGGCGGCCGGAAUAGUCUAUCAGCGGCCGGUGGUAUGUGGUAGCGGCCGGUUGUAAGGGAGGAGUGACUGUAGAACAACUCAGUGGGCGAUUGCCUGAUGGGGGGAUCGACUUCCGGAAGUUGGAAAUGUGUAGGCCUUCACUAGAAUUUUCAUAGCCUAAGGAAAGAACAAGAUAAAAGGCUACUUACAGCAGUAAGUUCACCCCGUUGCCCGUGAUUUUCGUUUCUUGUCUAUAUUCACCAAAAACUUAACGUCCGACAACUGAAGGUUGCCCAAAUGCUGUCGUGCAUUCCGCUCUCUCUGCUGAUACACAUCCCUGCGCACUCACAUGUCUGAGCGAACGCGCGCCAAAACUCCUAGUUUGCACUUAGAGUGGGCGAUCUGCCAACUUGCAGCGGCGCAAUAUAUUGUUACAAUCUUCUCCACUGAAGGAGACAUUUUUAUUUGUUUUUAUCCUUUUUUUAGGAGUAUAGUCGAUUUUAACCUUCAUCUGUGAUCCUCAAAGACCUGAAUCCUUGGAUCGCUUCAGUUUGGUUCUGUGUGGAUGUUUUGUAGAUAAUUAGAUUUUUAAAAGAUGUAUUUGUACUGUGCGGAAAGAAGAGUCGGAACAGUGUCCCACGCCACCUGCAUCGGAAUCCACAGUAAAGUGAUCGUGUGCGCAUGCGCUGCGAAGUCGUGAGGGUGAACGUAUGUGGCAUAUGCAACAUCAUUUAUUGUAUUAUGCAGCACAACUCUUAUGUGUAGUUGUGUUGUGGAUAUGAAUCGCUAAAUUUUAUGGAUUCAUCUCUUUUUGUUAGUUUUGAUGUUUCAAACUUGUUAAUCUAUUAUCGUUGCCAUGAACAGUGAUAACUUUGAUAGUACAUGCUUUCACCAGUAUAAUAGCCCUAAUCUUUGUUCCUCGUCUAAAAAUGUGCUCAAAAAUGUGCCCCAAAAUUUUCCAGGUAAAUUGUUUAAAAAUUUUGCUGUUGUGCAAAGACACAUGCACACACUACUUUCAGCUUUGAGCUGUUUGCAAAGUCUUCAGUAUUUAAGAUAGUUCUGUUUUGCCAGGGAGAAAGGAAACACCUUAAAUUUGUUCACUUGUACAUUUACAGUAUUAACGUUUGAUAAAAUAUUUUGCUGCUUCCCCAAAACAAAGCUUUGGUCUGGGAACCACACAAGCAGUUGUCAUGCCCUUGGAACCCCUUUUCCUAGUGGUUCCUUUUAUUCCAGCUUGGCUUCCAGUGUGGGGGUGCACUGCUUGGCACUGAUGAAUUUAUCAGCGAAAAGGUCUAUGCCCAGGCUUUUACCCUGUAGCCUUUUGCCAAGGACAAGGCCCUCAAGUAUAAUAUUACUACUUCUGUAAUACAGCUUUGCCCCCAAAGAAACGCAACCUAAAAGUGACAUUUAGUAUCACCCAAAAUGAUUACUAGGGAAAUUGUUGUUUUAGUAUCAAGUCAAACUUAAAAUGUUAUCUCCUCAAAACUUAAGUCUUCAUUUAAAUCCGAUGAGGCAGUACGCAGAUGGUUAUAUGAGACAAAGUUACUUUUAUAAGACGCAGUAACUACGCAGCUACGUUUGUUCCAUUAAACACAUAAGACCAUUGAAAAUGGCAUACAGAAUGAGGAUACUGAGCUGAAUAGAGUUCUGUGUUACGUAGCUGAAAAUAUCUCUGAAUCAUUGGUAGAGCUUCAAAUUGUCCAUACAGUUAGAAAACAAUGUCAGCUUUAAUUUGAUGUAAUGUUUAUUAAUACCCAGGGAGAAAAUGAUUACUGCAUUUGGGUUCCAUUUUGAGGGACAUGCUGUAUAAAACUGAUUUUAUUGUACAGAUCGAGUUGACAACUCUAUGAUGACAAGUAAAAUGAAUUCUUUGUAUGACGUGCUCAGAAGCCCAUAAUUUGACCUACAUUGAAAUCAGCAAAAUAUCCUUUUCGUGGGGGCAGUGCGAUCAGCAGUCUUCAACACAGAUGAGCUGAUGUAAUAUCUAAUUUCGCACGUUGUGAUUCGCUAACGCGUUUCAACUCUUGGAGGCGCACUAUUGUGAAUCUCGCACUCCGUGACUUUUUGGUCUGCAUUAACAUUUUUUCCCAUAAACUCCACAAGGAUACUUGGGAUUUUUAUAGUUCUGGGGCCCGGGUUUAGUUGAACAUCACCAGAGAUGGGUAAGACAUGAGUUAUUCUGGUCAAUUUCCUUUGAGUUCGAAUGGAUAUGCAAUGACCGAAAUUCCCGCUAUUACAGAUGAUGUGCGGUAUGUGGGCGAAAUUUAUGGAAAACUUGGAACAAACUCACCCAAGAAUAGUUGCUACACUUCACCGUGGUGUUGUUUGAGUUGUUGGAGUUUGCUUGCAACGUUGUAAAAUUACUUGUAGCGUUGGCAUAUAAGGAAAGUAUAGAGGCUCCAAAGGAAUGAAGUGGCCCCAACCAGCAAGAUUUAUAAACUUUUAACUUUGUUUUACAAGUGCCAAUUUCAAACUUACGACAAACACAAAGUAAUGUAGAAAAUAUUUGAACAAAAGUCAGCAUUUUCAGCACCAAAAGGCCACUUGAACCCAAUACAUGUUCCUUGAAACACAAUAAGCUGAAUUUAAUUAAAGGGUGAACAUUACAAAACAUUUGAUAACACGCUGGAAUUGAAAGUUAUAGGCACAUGCAAAGAAAAGAUUUUUUUUCUGUUUGAUUCUCUCCGGGUUCACUAAUCUGGCCGUAUUUACUGUUUUCCCCUCAUUGCAUGUAUAUUUACAAAAAUGCGAUAAUCUGCAUUGUGCUAGAAUUCCUGUCAGCGCUUUUAUUUCACAAAACAAGAUAAUUGAUGGGUCUAUUUGUUAUCUUCCCACCGCCACAGUAAUUUUCCAAAACGUUAAGAAAUCACUGGUGUACUAACUAAAAGCACACAACCCCACUGGCCAUUUUGCUGUAAAUAGGGUUGUUAUUUUGGUCAGGUAUGGUGAAAUUUUCAUUACCGUGAAAAAGAGUCUUACAUAACAGCGUAUUUAAUAUCAUUGGUGUUUAUUAGUGGAAGAAAGACAUAAAGCAGUGAUUUCAUUCCUUUUUGUGUUGUUAAGAAUAUCUGUGAUGUCUAUUGGAAAUAAUUAUCUGGCAAAUACUCAGAAGAAUUGUCGGCAGUGACUUAUGCAGCUGUUGGUUUUUGGGGGCUGGGGGAAUUAAAAAGUGAAUUUUGCUUCGGGUUCAUUCAA